CCGUCAGGGGCGAGCGAGCGGGAGAGGCAGGUGGUGAUACGUGGCUCGCAGAGGCGGGCCUCCGGCGCGCGUUUGCCAGCCUGGAAGGCUGCAGCGGGUCGGGCGGAAAAUCCACCCGGAUAAGCCCCUCCUGGCGGGCGGGCCCAGGCCGGCAGCUCUCCUCCCUCCUCCGUCUUCUCCGGCGCCGGGUGACUCUGCAGCCCUUUUUCUUCGGGGCGCCCCGGCCGGCCGCAGCAGCGCGCAGGCUGAAAAAGACCGAGCGCCUUCACCAGCCCCCUGAAGACCGCCCCUGCUGCGAGAGCCGGCGCAAGCAGGCAGCUGCGUGCCGGCACCAUGACGCUGAAAUCCGGCCGAAGUGACAGCGUGAGCAGCAUGCGGACGGCGCUCUCGGAUCUCUAUCUGGAGCACCUGCUGCAGAACAAGCCCAAGGCCGAGGCUGUUCCAUGCCCACAGAACACAGUGAUCGAGGAUAUUUACACCAAUGGCUCAGCCACGCUGGGCAACCUGGCCCACGCAAACGGCCGGGAGGUGCAGAAAAUAAAGUUCAUCCAGUUUGAGAAGGUCUCAGAGGAGCCCAUGGGCAUCACACUGAAGGUGAAUGAGAAGCAGAGCUGCACUGUGGCCAGGAUCCUCCAUGGAGGCAUGAUUCACAGGCAAGGCUCCCUUCACAUGGGGGAUGAGAUCCUAGAAAUCAAUGGGAAAAGUGUCACCAACCACUCUGUAGACCAGCUGCAGAAGAUGUUGAAAGAAACCAAGGGAACGGUCUCCUUAAAGGUCAUUCCCAACCAGCAGAGCCGCAUGUCUGCCCUCCAGAUGUUUGUACGAGCCCAAUUUGACUAUGACCCCAAGAAGGACAGUCUCAUCCCCUGCAAGGAAGCUGGGCUGAAGUUCCAAACAGGAGAUGUCAUUGAAAUCAUCAACAAAGAUGACAGCAACUGGUGGCAAGGCCGGGUGGAAAGCUCUGCAAGCGGAUCAGCAGGCCUCAUCCCCUCCCUGGAGCUGCAAGAAUGGCGUGUUGCAAGCAUGACCCAGAACAACCCCAGCCAAGCCCAGAGCUGCAGCCCUUUCGCGAAGAAGAAGAAAUGCAAAGACAAGUACUUGGCGAAGCACAGCUCCAUUUUUGAUCAGCUGGACGUGGUGUCUUAUGAGGAAGUGGUGAGGCUGCCGGCCUUCAAGCGGAAGACUCUGGUGCUUAUAGGGGCCAGUGGUGUCGGCCGAAGCCACAUUAAGAACACCUUGCUCAGCAAGAACCCCGAGAAGUUUGGAUAUCCUGUUCCUUACACCACCCGGCCCCAGAAGAAGAGUGAGGUGGACGGGAAGGACUACCAUUUUGUCUCCACAGAGGAGAUGAUGAGAGGCAUCGCUGCCAACGAGUUCCUAGAGUUUGGGAGUUACCAGGGUAACAUGUUUGGCACUAAAUUCGAGACCGUGCACCAGAUCCACCAGCAGGACAAAGUUGCCAUCCUGGACAUUGAGCCACAGACGCUGAAGAUAAUCCACACAGCCGAGUUUUCCCCUUUCAUUGUGUUCAUUGCUCCCACAGAGAAGGCUGACCAGUCAGAAGCUUUACAGCAGCUCCGGAAAGACUCUGCAGCAAUCCAGAGCAGAUAUGCCCACUACUUUGACUUGUUGCUGGUGAACAAUGGUGUGGAUGAGACCCUCGAGCAACUCCAGGAGGCUUUUGAGCAUGCGUGCAGCAGCAGCUCUGCCCAGUGGGUCCCGAUUUCCUGGGUGUACUGAGCUGGCCUGGUGAGGGUGGUAGUAGCCCCCAGCCCAUCUCCCCAAAACAGCAUGUCAAGGGCAAGACCAUUUCCCUGCCCUAUGCUUUGUUCUGUGCACAAUCCCUUUCUCCCUUCCCCAGGACAGACACUGCUCUGUUGCUGCCGGGGUGAGAGACCCAUUCUUCCCACUGCAAAGUCUGAGGGCAUCUGUUUGUGGCUUGCAUUUAUUGCCAGGUAGCCCACAUCCCUCCAGAUCUGGGGGCAGUGAGAAGGCAAGCAAGGAGGAUGGCCACUCCUAAUCCCCCAAACCAUAAAGAUGUCUCCAGAAGUGAGCACCUUCUGGUGUGCAAAGCCAUAAGCUGUGAAUAUUAUGAAGAAUAGGACUGUUCUGAAAUGGAACUGUUUAUCAUGUUCAGGUUUAUUUGAUUUACAGACAAAGGGAAAGUUUGGGGAAGCUUUUCCCAUUGCUUGUAAAGCAGUCUCUUUGCUCUUCCAGACACAGUACAAAGUGUGUUUUUUGCAUCUCUGUUCUAAGUUAAGCCAACAAAGUAUCACCCUCUAUUGCAAGGCUGCACAACUGUGGCCCUCCUGCUGUUUUUGGACUACAACUCCCCUCAUCCCUCAGGCCCAGGCCAGUGUUCUAUGUAACGGCAUCCCAGACAUUGACUGCAGCUCCCAGCAUCCCCAGCCAAAGGCCAUUGCAGCUGGGGUUGAAGUCCAACAUGGGCAGGAGGACUAAAGUUGUGCAGCUCUGCUCUACUUCAAGUUACCUAAAUAGCAGAGUUUGUGCUAGGAGGUGCCUGGUUCCUUUGAUAGUGGCAAGAAUUUCAAGUUUUGGCUCCAAGCUAGAAGAGGCGACAACUGUGAAGGUCAUGCUCUUAGGAGCCAGAACAGAAGCAAUCAAGUUUGACCCCAGGGCAGACAAUGCAGGGAUGAAGUGACCCAUAAUUGGGAUCUCAGAGCUUGAGCCUUCAGUCUGUGCAUGCUGUAUCCUGUAGAGAGAGGUUCCUGGCAUAUUCUUACAAGCUAGAGUGGCUUUUUGUUAGAUGCAAGGAGACUGCCGCAUCUUUGCCUUUACCAAAAAUCCACACAUGGGGUGGUAUCCUUUCCUCCAUCUGCAAACUGUCCACUUCUCCCACAAGGUAACUCUGUGUAACUGUCAGAGGGUGGAGGGAGAGUUAUUUUUGUGGAUGCCAAAAAAAGCAGCAGUGCAAAAGGGACCCACCAUCGAGUCCAUUACAGGGAAAACAAGCGGCAAUAAAGUCUGUUGAAAUAGUG